ACAGAUUUAGAAAUCACCUUUUGCGAACAUGUUGUUUGCAAUUACUCAAGGCAGUAUUGAUGAGCAAAUGGUGAAGAAAUCUGAUCCUGUCCUUAUCAAGUUGAUAGAGACAUAUAAGAGAGGUCAAGCAAAGUUUUCCCUUGCAGGAAAAGAUAUUCCUCUGACUGAUCAUGAGAUUGGUGUCAUUUUUGGAAUAACAUCUGGACCGGUGAAGAUCCACAUCGCAAGCCACGGGCGAAGGCCAGACACAGAAUUUGCCAAUCGAGUCUUUGCUGGGGCAAGCACCAUGCACCUUCCAACAAUGAGGGUGACAAUUGAAAAUAUUUUGAAACCUCCCGUCAAGAAGAAGCAGAAGAAGAAGCAUAAACAAGUAUCAGAGAUAGAAGCUGCAAAAGAUUUGGCACGUCUUCUGACAUUGUACACCAUUGGAACACUGUUUUUCCCAACAACAGGUCCAAACCUGAAUUGGUCCUACCUAAAGCUUGUUGAGGAUUUGGAAAAUAGUGCAAAUUACAAUUGGUCAAUGUUCAUCACCAAUAAUCUUGUUAACGAACUCAACUCCAAGAAUCCGGCGAUUGUUGGUGGUUGCACCACUGCACUCCUGUACUGGCUCUGUGAACAUACCCACAUUAUGGAACCAGCUCAACAAACUUUUCCAAGAUUUAUGAAAUGGAAAAUGAAUGAGCUUGCUGCUAAACUGUUGGAGGCACCACUGAGCAGCCUUCCAGAGGGAAUGGUCAAACAGGAAGAAUUGGAGCUAACUGAACAGGAGAUAGGGUUGUUUGCAGCUCUAGUCUUGCAUGAACAAGAAGGUACACACAAAGAACCCGAAGCCAAAGAGAAAAACCUUACGGACCAAGAGCCUUUAACCCAAGAAGAAAACCCUCAAGAAGAGAACCAGGAUGUUAAGAAUUUGAUUUUAGAGCUUGAACAACGAAUUAAGGUGCUUGAAAAAGAGAACAAUGUCAUGAAAGUUGAAAUUGAAGAUAGGGACAAGAAGAUCCAAGAAAGGGAUCUGUUGAUUGUUGAGUUACGCCAGAAUGUAGAAUCCCUUCAACAUGAGCUUUCAGGUUAUAGAAAACAAAAUGCAGAUUAUACAGAUAUUGAAAAAGAAACUUGUAGUCUGCAUGUUGAGGUGGAGAUGUUGAAGGAAGACAUAAUCGAAAAUGAGGUUGAAAUAGGCGGGUUGUAUGUUGAGAAGGACAUAGCGGAAGAAAAAAUUGAAGAGGUGACAGAAGAGUUGCAUGACAUUGCAGCACAUUGUGUUUCCCAACAUUACAAAGAUCAGAAGAUAAUUGAAGAGUUGCAGAAACAAAAAAAUAGCUUGUCUGAAAAAAAACAAAGCGAGAAUGUGCACCAUCAUGAAUCUCCAAUUCAUGAUGAAAAAGUGACUGAGGAAGAAAUAGACCAAAUGAUCAAGUCCACAAUCUCAAGCAUUCAAGCAGAACCACAACAAACAACGAAGAAGAGAUUGAGGAAAGGUCAUACUGUGGACCCAUCGUCGUUGACAAAGAGAGUGAGUAAGAGGGAAGAUAGGAAAGAGAAGAACAUGGAGGAUUUUCAAGUCUAUGGGAGGAAGAAACAAGCAGAGAAAGCAGCUCCAGAACUACCAAAUGACAAGAUCUUCUAA